GGAUAAGCCACACAAAAAAAACUAUAUAGAUCUGCAUAUAAAUAAUUAGGCCUCAUGCUAAUGGGCUUUACUUAAAAUAAAGCCUAAAAUAGUAUUGUGACGAAUAUGGAGAGACGUUUUGGAUUCUCAUUCAAAUUUCAACCCAUUAAUGGCUAAUCACUUUGUAAAUGUAAGAUUGUACUACUUAUAUCUUUUACGAGGUGAUUUGAAUCAAUUAAGUAAUGCAGAGAUUACGAUAUAAUUUUGGGAAGCACAACUUUUGACCAACACUCCGAAUCGGGUCUCUUUCUCUAUAAAUAGCCAUUUCCUAAACACACAAUUUUCAUACUCUCUCAAACCUCCAAAAUUCUUGAUCAAUAUCAGAUAAGAAGAAUGAGUGGAAAACGCAGCAAUGUCGGUGGAGGAAAGAGCGGUGGCGCUGGAGGUAAGAGUGGUGGUGGCGGACAAAGCAGUGGCGGAGGAAAAAGCGGCGGCGGAGGAGCAGGAGCAGGUAAUAUGGUAGCACCAGGGACAAAUGGGGGUGCUUACAUCUCAAGAGGUGGAUUCGAGAGUAACCCUCAAGGUUACUUUAGUAACUUGCAUGGCAGUGGACAAAGCAAGAAGUGACUUGAGUGUUGUUGUUAUACUACAACCAUGAGCCAUCUUCUUUGAUCUAUUCUCUAUUUAAUAAAAUGCUAUGAAGUACAAACAAGUAUUGAAUAAAUGAGAUUUUUAUUUUUAUGAGGUGUUUGUUGCUUUGUGCUUAACCCACUCUUCU